UCAGUUACUCAUUAAUUUGAACCAGGUGUGUUGAAGCAGGGAAACAUUGCAGGACAGUGGCCCUUAAGGACCAGGGUUCCCCACCUCAGCCUAAACCCAGAUCUGCACCCUCGAGGCCCAUCAUAGAACCGAGGAUCUGUCUGUCUCAAAGGUCCUCCCAAAAAGGGAAAAAAGAGAAACACACACAGCGAAACACACAUGCCCGCGUGUGCUCGCACGCACCUCCUCCUGUCCUGUCCUCCUCGAGAUCAGAGUUGCUCAGACUUGAGAGAGGAAUGGCGGCCCCUCGGAGUUUCUUCAUCUCUCUUUGCGGCUUAUUUCUGGUUUUAUACUUCUCUUAUGGAUCUACGACCCCGGGAAACAGGAGAGCCAACCAAGAUCGAUGUGGUUACAAGGUGCUGAGUGGUGCAGAUGGAAGUCGCAGGUUGGCCGCCACUUUCAGAGCUGACAACUGCUCAUUAAAUUACCCCUUGGGGAAGCAUGUGAUCCACGAGGUCUCCAACAUCUCCUUCAGCCAUCUGGCCUGUGAGGACCAGGCCGCCGUGGUCGUCCACUGGUCUGCAAGUCCGCUAGGUAUUGAGCACAUUAGGGGCUUCAGAGUUUAUUUGGAGGACAAGAAUCCGGAGGGGAAACAGUGUCAACACCUCAUCCUCAAAGACCCGAGACAACUCAACUUCUCCUACAAGAAUACAAAGAUGAGCAGUCAGCCGUUCAGCGGUUUGAGCUUUGACACUGACUACAUGGUCCGUAUCGUUCCCUUCCCAUCUCUGAUGAACGAGAGUUUUUUCCCUCCAUCUUUCCUCAGGACCAACUCAUGUGAAAUCCUGCUUGGAUCAGACAACCUGGUCUGCAAACCAUUCUGGAAGCCAAAGACCCUGAACAUGUCUCAGCUCGGAUCGAACCUUCACGUGGUCUUCGAUCAAGCUCCGGCCUCCUUCGGCUUCCACUUCUACUACCUGUACUACAAACUGCGGCAGGACGGCCCCGUCAGGCUGCAGCGCUGCAAACCAGAUGUGAAUCAGGCCCGGACAACCUGUAUCCUUCAGGACCUCACCCCAGGGACUUACACUAUAGAGCUAAGAGAUGAUGGGAACACAACCAGGAGGCAAACUCAGUACUAUGUCAGCCAAGUCCACUCCCCCUGGGCGGGACCCAUACGAGCCAUGGCCAUCACAGUUCCUCUGGUCAUCAUGUCUGCUUUCGCCACCCUCUUCACUGUCAUGUGUCGCAAGAAGCAGCAAGAAAACAUUUACAGUCAGCUGGACGAAGAGAGCAGUGAGUCAUCCAAUCAAAGUGCAGCCCUGAACAGCGAUCGGCCGUGGCCCCGCCCCAAAGUCUUCAUCUGUUACUCAAAUAGAGACUGCCCCAAACACACCAGUGUCAUCCAGAGCUUCGCCUACUUCCUGCAGGACUUCUGCGGCUGCGAGGUUGUGUUGGACCUGUGGGAACACCUGGAGAUGUGUAAAGAGGGUCAGAUGUCAUGGCUCAGCAGACAGCUGGAUGAAGCAAAUAUCAUCAUCAUCGUCUGUUCCAAAGGCCUACGAUACUAUGUUGAGAAAAAGGGCCGAAAAGGAAAGACGCCAGUCAGUCGCCGCAGCAGCAGCUUUCCAACCAGCGGAUCAAGCAGUGACCUCUUCAUUGUGGCCGUGUCCAUGAUUGCAGAGAAGCUGCGUCUGACGAAGCAGAGUGAAGGGGGUGGGGAUCAGGAGCUGAACCGCUACAUGGCGGUGUACUUUGACUAUUCAACAGAAAAUGACAUACCCACUAUGCUCAGUCUGACUCCCAGGUUUAAGUUGAUGGACCAGCUGCCUCAGCUCUUCAGUCGGCUCCAUUCGAGUCAGUCUGGUCUGGCUGACCAUGAGCAGCAGCCUGUGAACGUCUCUAGGAGGAACUACUUCAGGAGCAAGUCUGGACGCUCGCUCUAUGUUUCAAUCUGCAAUAUGCACCAGCACAUCUGCCAGAAUCCUGACUGGUUUGAAAGGCAGCUGGCUCCUGCAGAAGGAUCCUCAGCCUCCAAUGACUCCACUUCAAAACAUCCUUCUCACUCUGCUGUCACAGCUCCAAGUCCUCCUCCAAAGCCUGCCUGCUCCUCCAAUCAGCGGUUUGCUUCAGGACUGGUGCUGAAUGAGGUGAUGGUGAGGACACCAUCGCUGGAGGGAGUUGAUGGAGUCCCAAAGCGGAAUAUGCUCCUGCUUUCGCCAGGGUCUAGUCCUGGGACCAACCUUGGUCAGAGUGAGAGUCCCAUUCCCAGUCCUGGACCCUGUCCCAGUCCAGAAAUGGCACACUGCUCUUCAUCCACUUUGGGAUCUUUAAGGUCCACUACUGGAAUAUCUGGAGGUGACCCUGGAGAGAUGCCUGAAGAAUCUUGCACCUCGUCUUCUUCUUCAGCUCCCUCCAUCCUACAGGAUGGAGCAUGUGCUUCCUCUACCCAUACAGAAGAGGACCAUCCUUCUGUUCCAGAGGUUCCACCUCCUCGUGAUUCAGGCAUCUAUGAUUCGUCUGUCCCUUCCUCAGAACUCUCCAUCCCCCUUAUGGAGGGACUGUCACAUGACCAUGCAGACUCCUCUUCCCUGACAGAAAGUGAAUCAUCUUCAUCUGGGUUGGGGGAUGAGGAGCCAUCUGUAAUCGCAUCACUUCGCUGCAGCGCCACAACAGUGUGCAAAGCUGAGCUGCACCACCAUCACCACCUGGAGCACAAUGAUGCACUGACACGUGCAGCAUCAUUGUAAGGGAUGCUUCCAACCUAUCAAGAGAGGACGAGCUGAAUAAUGUCACCACAAGACCAACAAAGCAUUGGUCUAAGAGCUGCAGGGGCCAUGAUAUUUUUGCUACAUGAUAUCCAUGUAACGAAAAUAGAAUUAAAAAUGCAUUUAAGUAGUAAAACAGAAAAACAGAGUCCUGGAACACUAAAUCUGUGGUAACUAUGGUAACUAUCUGGUUGCUAAGGUAUAGUCUUGGAUGACUAUGUCAACGUUUGCAGUCUAGAACACUGAUACCUGUAUAUCUGUGGUUAAACCACUUUUUAGUAAUUAUAUUAACCAUUGACUCUAGUCCUGUAAUGUUCUCUGUAGCUAUGGUAACCACUCUGCCUUGUAACAACAGUACAUAAUUUUGGUCCCCUGUUUAUAUAAAAAGUACAGGUCCCUGGUAACCAUGGUAACCACAAAGUUAUAGAAGUACUAUGCCCGGGUAAUUGUGGUAACUAGUAGGUUACAGAACUUUUCUCAUCAAUAACUGUGGAAAGCACAGAGUUCUACACUAUACCCUGGUAACUAUGGUGACCACAGCAUCCAGAAAGCUUUUCCUCUGGUUCUCUCAGUUGUUCUUUUGACCCCACUGACAUUCCUCCAUGGACGAUUUGGAUCUUUAGAGCAGACUGGCUCAAACCAAAGACUGCCUUGUGUUAAGAGUUGAUCUUCAGCACCAAACCAUGAUGCAGAGACAAACCUGUUGAUUCCUGCAUUGUGGAUGCAAAUAUGCAAACAACAGAGAAACACAUAUGUGUAGGCAGCAAAAGCAGCCCGAGAUAAUAAUAAUCUGCUGAACAUUGAUCAAUAUUAUGGCAACAAGAUGUGUUUGCUAUAUUAUGUGUGUUAUCCACACCAUUUGCAACUAAAACUACGCAAUAAUUUGGUGUGUAUCUCAUGACUUCAGGUGUUAAAACUUAUCAUUUAAAUGUGUCAUUUUAUCGUAUAAAGGGAAGCAGUUUUAUCUGACCAAAACUAAAUUUAUAUUUCAAAUGUUUUACUUAAGAAGGCUUCCAAGAAGAUUAAAAUGGUACCAAAACCUGGUGAUGUGAGGAAAGAGGAAAUAUGAUGUAAGAUUUUAAUUUAUGUGAAAAGUAUUUUUUAUUGUUCUCUGCAGUUUAAGGAAUUCAGACCAUAAAUUCACUUCUGCAGUAGUUCUACUGUUGUUUUAUUAACUAGCUUUUGAAGUCCAAAAUAUUAUUUUGCAAUUAUAGAUACAUAUUUCUAAAUAUUUUAUAAUAUUGUUUUUCACAUGUGGCACAUAGCAGCAAAGAUGAGGGCAUUAUAUCAGAAUGGGCUUUGUCCAUGCCUGUCAACACUAAGUGAAGUGUUAAAAGCCAAAAUAAUGAGAAAGUGAAUACUAACGUUUACUUGUGUAUAUGUUGUUUUGUUUUAGUAUUCUUUUUUUCAUCUUUCUUUGAACGAAUUGGGUUUCUACACAUGAUUAAGUUACUGCUCCUUUAUAUUCAUGUUUCAUAAUGGUCAAAGGAGACGUUGACAGUCAUUUGGUCGGUCAUAAUCAACAGUUGCAGUUAUUUUGGUUUCUGGUUUGUGUUUCAUAAAAGGGAAGAUUUAUCAUUUCCAAUGUGUAAAUAUAUAUCUUUAUUUUCCCUGGAAAUGUUUGACCUGUUUCAGUUUUGUAUAGUUAGUGAUUUUAGUAUUUUUAUUUUUAUUUUUUUUUUCUAGAAAUGUACUGUUUUAUAGUACCUUAAUGUAGAAAACAAAUAAAUCUAUUU